AUGUCCUUCUACGUUUGCUAUCCUGCAGCGACUUCCGGGUCAGCGUCAGUGGACGCACAGAAGUUCUGCUUCAAGAGCGGGACAAAGUUGCGCAACAAGGAGUUGGAUGCCUUCUUUGACUCCAGGCAGCAGGAGAACACUCACGAUUCUGCCCGGAAGCUUGGGAUGUCAUUGUCAAUGGAAGGUGAGGCACGGGUAGUGCUGAACAGUGUCAGUGCCAAACGGAUGGACUCCCUCCGCGGCUUGAAAGACGUUGUCAGGGUCACCCUCUCACAGGAAGCUCAGCGUCUUUUCAGUAAGGGUCAACUGAUUCCUGACGGCCCGUACGGCAUCCUCACCGAUGGAACCCUGCAGGUGCAGGAUAGCAGCUGGUCGGAAGUCAGCGUCAAGAAAAAUGCGAGGCUUGAGUUUAACAAGGCAGAAGAGUGGUCCGUCGGGCCUAGUGGGUCAACCAAUGCGGCUGGUGUUGAGACUAGCCUUCCUGCUGUGGCGUUCAACUACUUUGUGGUCACUGUGGGCAGAGUCACAAGCAUGGAGGAGAUGACAGCAGCAGCGCAAGGGUCAGGGCAAGAGGACCAGUACUUGGAUUUGUUCGACUUCUUGCGGAUGAAUACGAAGACGGCGGACCAGCGAAGCAGACGCCACGGUGGCGUCGCCGUCAUAUUGUUCGACAGUGCAGCUCAUGCAGCGUCAGCAACACACUUGUUCAUGAAAGGAUGCAUGCCCGUCGUCAACUUGUUGAACCUCCAGUUCAACAUGCAAGACGCUGCACUGGUUGCUUCAGUGUCAGUGGUUCCUUGCACCAGUUGCAUGCUUCCCUACAGCAUCCUCCACGGCGAACCGUACAGUGUCAACGAGAUCUUGAAGAAGGCCCAGGUUACUGGAAUGACGGGCAGCUUGUCCGUUGUGGGAGAGUCAGACUUCGUCGACCUGCGUCGCCUUCGUGCCGAGUCCGUGCAGAACAGGAAGCGUCAGUACAUUCAAAUGCUGAAGAACGAGAUUGCCGACGAGAGUCAAGGUUUGUCCGGCGAGCCAGGCCCAACGACAGCUGAGAAUGCUUGA